GAAGAAUCCUCAAGGGCGGGAAAAUUCGCCUCCUUAAAAAAAUCGAAAUUAUUAACCGUUUAGGGCUUUUCCCCCGGCGAUGUCGCGGCGAGGCGGUGGACCCGUGACGGUACUGAACGUGGCGGAGAAACCUUCGGUGGCGAAGUCAGUGGCUGGGAUUCUAUCCCGUGGAAGUUACCGGACUCGGGAGGGUAGGUCUCGGUACAACAAAAUCUUCGAGUUCGAUUACGCAAUCAACGGCCAACCGUGCCGUAUGAUGAUGACCUCCGUCAUCGGUCACCUGAUGGAGCUCGAGUUCGCUGAUCGCUUCCGCAAAUGGCACUCCUGCGACCCCGCGGAUCUGUACGAAGCUCCGGUCAUGAAACACGUCCCCGAGGAUAAGAAGGAUAUUAAGAAGACGUUGGAGGAGGAAGCAAGGAGGAGCGAUUGGCUUGUGCUGUGGCUUGAUUGUGAUAGGGAAGGUGAGAACAUUGCAUUUGAAGUUGUGGAUGUUUGUAGAGCUGUGAAACAGAAUCUUUACAUACGGAGGGCUCAUUUCUCUGCGUUAAUUGACAGGGAAAUUCAUGAAGCAGUUCAGAAUCUCAGAGAGCCUAAUCAGUUGUUUGCUCAGGCUGUUGAUGCUAGACAAGAAAUAGACCUACGCAUUGGUGCUUCUUUCACUAGGUUUCAGACUAUGCUUCUGAAAGAUAGGUUCUCAAUUGACUCCACGGGUGAUGAAGAGAGGAGUCGUGUUAUAAGUUAUGGUCCUUGUCAGUUUCCUACACUUGGCUUUAUUGUUGAGAGAUACUGGGAGAUUCAGGCACAUGAACCAGAGGAGUUUUGGACAAUCAACUGUUCUCACGAAUCAUCAGAAGGCCUUGCCACCUUUAAUUGGAUGCGUGGUCAUCUCUUUGAUUAUGCUGCAGCUGCUAUAUUAUAUGAGAUGUGUGUCCUGGAACCUACUGCCACCGUAAUGAAUGUCCCUCAUCCAAGGGAAAAAUUUAAAUACCCUCCUUAUCCGUUGAACACCAUUGAACUUGAAAAACGCGCUUCAAGAUACUUCCGCCUGAGUUCUGAGCAUACCAUGAAGGUGGCAGAAGAAUUAUAUCAGGCUGGUUUCAUCAGCUAUCCUCGUACAGAGACAGAUUCUUUUUCAAGCAGGACUGAUUUACGUGCCAUGGUGGAGGAACAAACAAGACAUCCUGCAUGGGGUCCAUAUGCACAAAGAUUAUUAGAGCCUGAAGGGGGACUCUGGAGAAACCCGGGGAAUGGUGGUCAUGAUGACAAGGCUCACCCACCCAUUCACCCAACAAAGUUUUCUAGCGGAGAGUCUAACUGGAGUAGGGAUCACCUUAACGUUUAUGAGCUUGUUGUCCGCCAUUACCUAGCAUGUGUUUCCCAGCCAGCAGUUGCGGCUGAAACUACAGUCGAAAUUGAUAUUGCUGGCGAGCGCUUUUCUGCAUCUGGGAGAGCAAUAUUAGCUAAAAAUUACCUUGAGGUGUACCGCUUUGAAUCUUGGGGAGGUUCAGUGAUUCCGGUGUAUGAAAAGGGGCAGCAGUUUAUCCCAACACGUUUGACUCUGGAUUCAGCUGUGACAAGGCCACCACCGCUAUUGUGUGAAGCUGACUUACUUAGUUGUAUGGACAAGGCAGGCAUUGGUACUGAUGCGACAAUGCACGACCACAUAAAGAAACUCCUUGAUCGAGGUUAUGCUACAAAGAAUGCUAAUACGCGGUUUUCUCCAACCAACCUGGGUGAGGCGCUUGUUAUGGGAUAUGAUGACAUGGGGUAUGAACUUUGGAAACCAAACCUCAGAGCCAUCAUGGAACAUGAUAUGAAUGAAGUUAGUGUCGGCAACAAGACUAAAGCUGAAGUUCUGGAAACUUGUUUGCAGCAAAUGAAAGCUUGUUUCUUAGAUGCAAGGGUCAAAAAAACAAAGCUUCUAGAGGCAAUGACAAUUUUCUUUGAAAGAUCUAAUAACACUGAUGAAGGUGACAAUCAUACAGCUGGUGAAGUUGUCCGGCGAUGCAACCUUUGCAAUGAAUCAGAUAUGGCGCUCAGGAAGAACCAGGAUGGCAAUUUUAUGGUUGGAUGCAUGAGCUAUCCUCAGUGUCGGAAUGCAGUUUGGCUUCCUGGACCUACACUGGAAGCAUCUGUCACUACUGACAUUUGUCAAUCUUGUGGUCCAGGUCCUGUCUACAAGAUACGUUUCAAGUUCCGUCAGAUCAGAAUUCCACCAGGCUUUGAUGUUAAUCACUUGGGCUGUGUUGGUGGCUGUGAUGACGUUCUUAAACAGUUGAUUGACAUAUGUGGAACUGGAUCCCGUUCUCAAGCAAGGGCAGCACCGGGUGCAACUCCAAACAAUGUCCGAGGAAGCAACAUAAGACAGAACAACAACGUCUGCGUACACUGUCAACAAGGAGGACAUACUUCUGCCAAUUGUCCCACACGAGCUUCAGGAUAUCGAAAUCCUCGUACCACUGGAACAAAUCCGAGAAACGAUGAAACUACAGUAUCAUGUACAACUUGUGGAACACCAUGUCCUAUACGUACAGCCAACACAGAAGCUAACAGGGGAAGGAAGUUCUUCUCAUGUCCAACACAAGGUUGCAAUUUCUUCACAUGGGAAGAUAGCAUCAGCAACGGUACUGGGAAUGCAACAACAGGUUCUAAUAGCGGCGGAAGCGGUAGACGCGGCCGUGGUCGUGGUCGUGGCCGUGAAAGUAGAGGCGGUGGCCAAAGCGGUGGAGGGCGUGCCGGUGGUGGAACAAGCUUUGUUUCUGCAACUGGAGAGCCAGUGAGUGGUAGAAGGUGCUUCUCAUGUGGUGAUCCUUCGCAUUUUGCCAAUGCUUGCCCUAACCGUAACUCGAACGGUAACUUCUAGUAAGCUUAGCUGAUUUACUUUCUGUAUUUGGCAUGGUUGAUUAGUGUGUCCAAUAAUUAUCCAUGAAUUAUGCAUGAUAUUUGUAGUGAUUAGUUUUACAGUUUCUUUAAUUUAAUGACCACUACAGUAGUAAUUAACGGCCACUUUUGCUCUGGAA